CCCAAAUCUGCGACGUACUGAAAAGUGAAACGUCAUCACGCUGCGCUUCCUGAUUCGGACUUGUUGCGGGAAAGCCAAUUUGUUUUCAUCUUUGUGUGCGGAGCUUUUCACAUUAAAUAAGGAUUUAACUAAUCCAGGUAUCCCUGACCUCUGGAGAUCCUCUUCAUCAGCAUGGAGUCAGAGAGGACUGAAUCCCCGUCGUCAGGCUCAGCGCCCGUAGCUGAAGUCUUCAACUCCAUCCGGGAGCGCACAAUCGCAGAGAACAGCAUGGUGGUCCUGCUGCAGGGCCUUCACGGACAGGUGACCACGGUGGACCUGAAGAACGAGAGCACGGCGCGGGGACGCAUUGUCAACGUCGACGCCUUCAUGAACGUACGUCUGGAGAAUGUGAUGUACCGGGACAGACGGGGUAAGCUCACCCAGCUGCAGGACAUGUUUAUCACAGGCAGGAAUGUCCGCUACGUCCACAUCCCAGACCACGUGGACAUAAUUAAGACCAUACAGAGCCAGCUGGCCAAGAUCCACCGUGUCCGCAAUUUUGCCAGUCAUGGAGGAGGCCGGAAAGAGUACUCCAAGAAAACAAAAUAACUUAUUUUCUUUUUCAUAGAAGGACAAAGCUUUUGAAAGACUAGUUCAAAAAAUACUCGGAGACAACGGGCAGUUUAUCUUUUUUUCAGAUUUGAGGACAAGCAUCACAUUCGAUCAGCAGUUUCCAACCUGAAGGGUCACAAAAAGAUUCAAGGGAUAAGAGCGAAAAACAAUAUUUUGUUUAAAACACAUACGUGGUUUUUCUAAUUCUUUUGUUUGUGUGAAAUACUGGAUACUUUCACCUCUUCGGGCCUCUAAAAAUCCUGCAAAUGAAACAAUCUCAGACGGCAAAAAGUUCCCCUGCUCGCACCUUAUGUGCACACUACAGGCACCACCUGUGAUGACAGGUCACAUGCUGAACAGUUUGGUGAUAUAUCCUGACCAAUUUUUUUUUUUUUUUAGGACUGCAACUAACAACUAUGUUCAUUAUUAAUUAAUUGAUUAAUCUUUUGUCUGCGGUCACAAAACUGUGACCGUUAUAAAUGAUGUCUCAUUAUAGCCAAAUAUAUUGAGUUUACGGUGAUAGAAAACUGAGAAAAGCAGCAAAUACUGACAUCUGUGAAGCUGUUUUAUUAUUCUUUGGUUGAAAAAUGACAAACAAUUAAUUGAUUAUCAAAAUAGUGGCAGAUUAAUUUUUCUGCUGAUUGUUGCAGCUCUACAAACAUUUUUGAUGAACCACUGGAGCAGGUAAUGAGUUGAACACCAUCUUUGUGUUUUGUUUUUUGGGUUUGAAUUUGUAACUGAAACACAAUAUCCUCAAUUUCUUUACAAUUCUUUUGUAUUACAGACAGCAAUAAUUAAUAAAUACGCUUGCAAUAAA